CAACAUGACAAGAAGCUGAAGAGCAACAACUAGUGAAAUUCUCUUCAAAAUGACCAGCCAAAAAGGUUCAAAGCUGCACUCGAUCAUCGAGAAGCUGUCAGAACAGUGUGUUCGCGUCAACCCUACAGAGGACUCGAUUGAUGAAGAAGAUCAACAAAUUGUUACAGUAACUAUGCAGCCACCUCAACAAAGGAAAACUUCAAGAAAUGAAAAAGCAAGAAGGCAAAAACGGCGUUCAAAAGCAAAGAAGCCAAAAACAGCAUUCAAAAGAAUAUCUGUUAAUAAUGAGAAAAAUUUGAGUGGGAAACAUGAUGAAACAAGGCAGAAUUACCAACCAGUAGAUGAUGAUCUUUGCAUUGACGUCAAUGCAUUAAUGAGCAUUGUCCCUCAAAUGCAAGACAUUGAUACGGCAAACAUACAUUUAGUGUACAAUAGUUGGCCAUUGAAAAAGGGAACUUGCAGUGUAUGUUUUCAACAAUUGAAUAGCAAAGAAGAGUUGUUGGAUCACAUAAAAGAAUUCCAUCCAGAUGGCAAUAAAAAGUUACCAGUGAAUGUUGAUAAUGGUCAUGAUGAUAAUACAAUUGAAACAGCUGAAGAAAAUGAAAAACAAAGACAAGACGAAGAAGAAGAAGAAUUAGAAGAAGAAAGUGAUGAAGACAGUCAUUCUGACACCGAUCCAGACUUUGAUGUUGAUGUUGGUAUUGUCAGCGAUGUUAGUGAUGCUAGCGAUGUUAGCUCUGAUGACAUGACAGUGCCGACACUGAAUCAAAAGAGACAAAGUGCAAGACUCAAAGCAUUGAAGGGCUCAGAGAAGACCAAUUCCAAUGAGCUUUGCGAAGAGAAGUAUUAUUUUCAGAUAGAAUUAGAUAACCAUAUUAAAGAGAGUCACCCAGAGAACAGUGAAGAUAACGGCAGUAGCCAAGACGAACGGAACUGUGAACACUGUGGCAAGGAGUUCUUCUCUAGGAAGGGCUUGCUCCUGCACAUCAAGAAACUUGUACAAAGAAUUGAAAAGGGAGAGAAAGCUCAAGAAGAGAAAAGACUUAAAACAGAGAAGGAAAGAACCUGUAGAGAAUGUGGCAAAAUUUUCAAGAGUCUUGGAAACCUCAAGAAGCACUACAUGACCCAUUCUGAGGAUCRGCCAUUCAAGUGCGACAUUUGCGACAGAACAUUUAAAGACAAGAAUUAUGUGUACCGACACAAGAAGACGCACUCUGGAAUCAAGAAAUAUGAAUGCAAAUACUGUAAAAAAUUCUUUGCUCACAGUGGCAGUCUUCGCACGCACAUCAUGCUGCACACUGGAGAAAGGCCUUUCAAGUGUCAGUUCUGUGAUACAGGUUUUAUCAGUAGGUUUGAUCUCAAGGUCCAUGAGAACAAGCACACCGGAAACAUGCCAUACAAAUGUCCUCAUUGCCCCAAGGGUUUCCCCAAGUCAAACAAUCUCAAGGUCCACUUGAUAUCUCAUUCUACUGAUAAGCCUUUUCCUUGUGAGGUGUGUGGAAAAGCCUUCAAACGGCGUGACCAUCUACGCUAUCACCUUAUCAUACAUUCUGAUGAUAAACCUUUCAAGUGUGAAACUUGCAACAAGACAUUCAAUCAACAUAUCUGUCUACGGAAACAUCUUCCUUGUCGUGAGCUGGAAAAACUAGAAAAGCGAGCCAAUAAGCCUAAAGAGAAUAGUUCUAAGAAACAAAAGGUGGCCAAAAAAACCUUUAAGAGUAAAAAGGUUAAGGACCUCAGAAAUAAAACAAGUUCUACUACAACAGUGGCAGCUGAUGAAGAAAAGGAACAAAAUAUAAAGAACUCUGACAGGACAGAUGUAUGUGUAGAAGACGAUAGAAUAUCACAGCRACAAUUGUCACAAAAUACUGAUAUUGUGAUAGCCAAAACCCAACAAAAAGCUAACGAAACAGAAACUGAUGAACCAAAGGAACAAGUACAGUCUAAARACACAGAUAAGAUUCAAUCUUCUCAUAUUGCGCAUUCUAUUCCAUCUGCACAACAACAAAAUUACCUUGUCGGAUGUCAUGGUUCUGUUUCCAAUAAUGUGGAUCCGGUUCUUUGUAACACCAGACAAGACAUUGAUUCUGAAAUGGCCUUAGCUUCCCUUAUAGCAAGAGGUUCUUCUAGUGCAAUGCAGCAUUGUUCUAUGGAUAAGGUGGACUUCAAUCACGAAUUUAGGGACCCUAGUCAUGGAACCUCUACAUCAUCAGCCAGAACUCUUGCAGAGACUUGCGUCUUUACCUCUAGCGUACACCAACCUUUUGUGCCUUUCAACUGCAGCUCCCAGGGUGCACCAGGAAUGGAAUAUGACGAAGGGGGACUUGAUCUAGAGACCAUACCACCUGAUGGUAGUCAUGGUAGCAUACUUGGUAAUAGAUCAUUUGCUCAGGAGACUCCUAAUGAACUUAGUAUACGUAGUGCACUGCUUGCCGCAAUGGACCCAGACAACCUGAGUGCUAUGGUAGAGAAUACUGCUGUUUUCUUCCCUCCAACAUAGUUGCGUUUAAUGCUCUGCACUAUUUGUGUUACUGGUAUUGCUUCAAUGUUCAUAGAAAAGUUAAAAUUUUAUAUUUAAAGCGUCAGUUGCGUUAACGAGGUAUUUUUUAUAGAGCGCUUUCGCUCAUGUGAGAAGGCAGCCGUAUUGGUGUACCAAACAAUAGAAACUUUUUGCACAGUUUUUGCAUAAAAAUAGUGUUCAUAAUGUUCAUAUUGUUUUGGUACACCAACAUGGCCGCUGUGACAUCACAUGAAAACGAUCUAUAAAAAUUUUGAACAGGUUUCUCAGUUACUUUCAAAUCCCCCAUCCAUCCCAUUCAUCCUAUCCAUACACCCAUCUCAU